AAGAUGAAGAUUCAUCAGUCCAAGGAACUUCGGAAAGCAACACAAUUCCAACAAAUCGACUUCAAAUCAUAAAAAUCGAUGACUCAGAAAUCGAAAUCGAUUACACGACCUUCUACGAGAUGAUACGUUACAUUUACACCGGCCAAAUAACAUUCAACAGUACAGUAAAUCCCCUAUCCAUCUAUAAAAUCGCCAUUAAAUAUGAACUAUCAGACUUGAAGACCUGCGCAAAAGUAGAACUUUUCGAAACACUUACUUUUCAAAAUGUGACGACACGCUUGUUUAAUGACGGCACACACAAAUAUCCAGAGCUACGAAGUUAUCUGGUAAAAUUUCUCGUGGAUAAUUUCACAGCCAUCCGUGAGACUGACGAGUUUAAACGGGUGAUGGGGUCGCCUGCAGAGUAUCCGCAUUUCGCCGAAUUGAUGGCUGAAAUAUUUGCAUUGUUGGGCCCAAGAGCUGCUGAUGAUGUUUCAAAAUAA